AACAUAACACCUGUGUUUUCCCCGGGAGAUAUUCAGUCACCUGUCUGUUACCACAACACAUUAUGAGAGACUGACUCUCUAUAAAGGCAUCGACAUUUGCAUGAGCCUUCACUUGUUCUUGAGUUGCAACAAACAUGAAGUGGAGCCUAGUACUAGCCGCUGUGUGCCUUAUGGCUGCCCCUUCCACCCAAGACCCCAUCCAGUGCGCUGCUGAUAUCUCCUCCCAGUGUCCGCCACCAGGGUAUGAGGGAGAUCCCGUGUAUUUCGCCGUGCCUGAACACUGCUCUAUGUACUGCGAGUGUUCCAAUGGAGUGGCGUGGCAGUUCUCUUGCCCACCCGGUACCCUUUACGACGCCCUCUUAAAGCAAUGCAAGUUUGAGUACGACGUUGAUUGCGGCGCGCGACCCAACCCCUGAGGAGCCUUGUACCAGGAAUGCUAGACCCAUGCUUCAAAUAUCUGCUUAAAUCGCUGCAAUUAGAAGCCAGGUGCUGGUGACAUUGUUGAGUUGACAAUAGAACCACAAAAUUCAAUCCUUAGCACCAAUAAAAGACAACUGGAUUUAA